AUGAGUGAGUCUGCGGUAGCAAUAAUGGCUGCUCGCAAGUCCUUGCGUGACGGCCCGUACUUCACAGGAAACACACCACACAAGGGGGUGACUUUUCGUGAAGACGACAGAAAAGUUCGCUCAACCGUGAAGCGGUUCACGGAUCGAUACACCAAAUUCAGGACUGUUGGCAUCACAUCCGAGCAAUAUCAAGCGCCCUACUGGCUUCCCACGGAACUCAAGGAAUUCAUUGGCCUCGACGCGACUAGAAAGUCCAACGGGCAGGCCAAGAAGACUGGUCUGGAGCUGAGUGAUAUACGGUUAAUGCAAGACGAAGAACAGAAACCAAAGGAUGAUGAGAACGGCGAAGGAAACGAGGAUGACGAAAGCGCACCCGAAGAGCUGGAAGACGAGUUCGAAGAGUUUGAAGAUGACGACUAUAAUGCUGAAAAGUACUUUGAUGAUGGUGAUGGCGAUGGAAUGGGCGACGACGACGAUGGAGAAGCUGCAUAUUAA